CGAAACAAUAACAGUUGCUGGUGACUUUCUAUCCGAAACCUUCGCCGGCAACUUGAGCCUCCGGGCGCGUAUCUGUAGCGCGUAAAAAGCGUUCCGCGUACAUCGGGCGGGGAAGAACAACGCGCUGCACUUUUAAUCAGAUUAGAAGCCUUUAAUUUCCAACCCUGCUUUUUCUUGCGCUUGUGUUGCCUACAGUAGCGGCGCAGGAGUGGCCCCAGCCAAAAGCAGCGAUUCAGAUCAGAUUUCACCUCAACCAGCUGGGAGAGACACGGAGAGAGAGAGAGAGGGGGAGAGAGAGAGAGAGAGAGAGAGAGAGGGGGAGAGAGAGAGAGAGAGAGAGAGAGAGAGAGACGGAGAGAGAGAGAGAGAGAGAGAGAGAGAGAGAGAGAGACAGAGAGAGAGAGAGAGAGAGAGAGCUGGGAGAGGGUUUGUCAGUCUCCCUCCCUCCCAAAUCCAGAAAAGCUUACCAAGGAGGAAGGAGGAGUGCCGGGGCUGAGAGAGACGCAGAGGAAUCCAGAGGAAUUUCCGAGGAUAUUUUUCAUUUUUUUUACGCUUCUUGAUAUUUAAAUUAAAUAAUAACAAUAAUAAAAAAAGUUGGAGGCGAAGGCAGCGGGGACCGCGAUCGAGGAUGGACGAGCAGCCGCGGUUGAUGCACUCCCACGGGGUAGGCAUGGCCGGACACCCCGGCCUGGCGCAGCAUAUGCAGGAUGGCACGGCGGGGACGGACGGGGACGGAAGGAAGCAGGACAUCGGAGACAUAUUACAGCAAAUCAUGACUAUCACAGACCAAAGCUUAGACGAAGCGCAGGCGAGGAAACAUGCACUGAACUGCCACAGAAUGAAACCUGCCCUCUUCAACGUCUUGUGUGAAAUCAAGGAGAAAACAGUGCUCAGUAUCCGAGGCGCCCAGGAGGAGGAGCCUCCAGAUCCACAGCUGAUGCGACUGGACAACAUGCUGCUGGCGGAGGGCGUGGCCGGCCCGGAGAAAGGGGGCGGGGCGGCAGCCGCAGCAGCAGCCGCCGCGGCCGCUGGGGGCGUCGGCGCCGACAACUCAGCAGAACACUCCGACUAUCGGGCCAAGCUGUCGCAGAUCCGACAAAUUUACCACACAGAGCUGGAGAAGUACGAACAGGCGUGCAAUGAGUUCACCACCCAUGUGAUGAACCUGCUGAGGGAGCAGUCUCGAACACGACCCAUCUCGCCCAAAGAGAUCGAGCGCAUGGUCAGCAUCAUCCACCGCAAGUUCAGCUCCAUCCAGAUGCAGCUGAAGCAGAGCACCUGCGAGGCUGUCAUGAUCCUGCGCUCACGCUUCCUCGAUGCCAGACGAAAGAGGAGGAACUUCAACAAACAGGCCACAGAGGUCCUGAAUGAGUACUUCUACUCCCAUCUCAGUAACCCCUACCCCAGCGAGGAGGCCAAAGAGGAACUGGCAAAGAAAUGCAGCAUCACAGUGUCACAGGUGUCGAACUGGUUCGGGAACAAGAGAAUCCGAUACAAGAAAAACAUCGGCAAAUUCCAGGAAGAGGCCAACAUGUACGCAGCCAGGACCGCGGUCAGCGCCACCAGUGUGUCUGCCCAGGGCAGCCAGGCAAACUCGCCAUCAACUCCCAACUCAGCAGGUUCUGCUGGCUCUUUUAACAUGUCAAACUCCGGAGACUUGUUCAUGAGUGUGCAGUCCCUCAAUGGGGACUCGUACCAAGGGGGGCAGGUUGGGGCCAACAUACAAUCCCAGGUGGAUACCCUUCGCCAUGUUAUCAGCCAGACCGGCGGAUACAGUGACAGCCUCGCAGCCAGCCAGAUGUACAGUCCACAGGGCAUCAACACAAACGGCGGCUGGCAAGAUGCUCCGACUCCUUCGUCAGUGACAUCGCCCACAGAAGGACCCGGGAGCGUUCAUUCGGAUACUUCCAACUGAAUAUAUCCAUCUCCACAGCUCAUCCACGAGAAAAAAAACAACAAACAUGGACUGACCUUGCUAUUCACAGUGUUAAACAAAGGAAUUCACAUCUCAAUGUUUGGAGAGUUGCUGUGAAAACCUGAAACAAAACAAAUAAUAUUUCCUCUGCUUAGAACGUUGGACAUUUGGGAUACAAACAAAAAAAGUUUCACAAUAAAAACGAAAACAAUGCCGCAGACAACGGAGACAUUUGUACAGAUUUCACAUUAUAUUCAGAGGGCUGGGGUUACGUCUUCACUCGUAAUGUUUUCAUUAUGAUGAAAUGAUAUGAUUAAGUAAUGAAAAUCGAAUCAUUGAUUUUAACUGAAAAUACUUCAUUCUACCUCUCAGCCACUUAAAAAAAAAAAAAAAAAAAAAAAGGAGAAAAAAUUGUCAGUGACCAUUAUUUGUUUUGUAAAAAUGAAACUUUUGUCUUUGCAAGCAAGAGGCACAUCUUCUUACUUACAUUUUGUUGUCUCUCACCUAUUCUAUGGUACGCCAUUUAGACUUAAAUAUUGCUCAGUUGUUUACAAUGUGUGCUUGAUUAAAAAAAAGUAUGUUCAUCUUCCCCUCUGUCUCCGACGAGUCAAAGCAGACAUCUUACCUCUAAGGUAACCCUGUGAAGUAUGUUAUCUGUAAAACAAUAAAGAAAUACUUGUCAUCAAUC